AUGAUAAAAAAUGUUAAAAAUAUAAGCGUAAUUGGUAAUAACUUAGAUUCGUUAUCCCUAUGUUAUUUUUUACAAUGUAAAAAGUUAAAUGUGAACCUACUAUUAACAAACAAAAGUAUAAACUCUAUAAAUUCCUAUCAUCAUAAAAAAAAUGUAAUUGAAAAGGGACAUUACACAUUUGCUCUCAGUGAUGAGUCUUACUUAGCUCUAUCCCUUCUAACAAAAUUACAUUUAAAGCCAAAAGUUGUUGAGCGUAAUAGAUAUUCAAACAACAUUUCCUUUUUGGAUGUGAAGGAAAGAAAGUACAAGAUUAAUAAAUAUUUAUUUAGAAUAAUUUAUAAUUUGUUGAAGGAUUAUUUUUCCAAUAAGUCUAUAAAUAUUGGCAAGAAUGAAACUUUGAAUAAUUUUUUACUUAAACAUUUUGAUAAGAAAAUAUGUGAAAAUUUGAUCACUCCAUACUGUUACCAUUAUUUUAAUUACUCCCCCCAAAAUGUGUUGAUGAGAUCUUUCUUUCCCCAGUUUGUUGAAAAGAUAGAAGGUAAGAAAUCUUUAAUAAAGUUUUUGUUUUCAAAAAAGGCUUCGUUAUUUAUUUCGAAGAAGCAAAAAAUAUUUCGAUUUAUGGGAGGGAACAAUGUAUUAACAAGUGCCUUAGUAGAACAUUUAAAAUUCAAAGAUAACAUGAGAAUAAUAAACCAUAAUAAUAAUAUUCAAAUAAAAGUGAAACAAAAUAGGACAAGGUUGUUGCUGGGUAGAGAAGUUAUAAAAUGCAAUGAAAUCAUUUUAUGUCUCAAUCCUUUGGAAUUAAAAUAUUUUUUAAAAAAGUCAAAAAUGGAAAAAAAAAAAAAACAUAUUUUGCUUCAAUAUUUAUCAAAAUAUGUCACUAGCAAAAUAAGGAUAACAAAUGUGUGUUUUAAAAAAAAUGUAUUGCCUCUCUCUCAUUCGUUGGAAUCACUACUGUUAGUUAAAAAAAAUGAAAAACACAAAAUCAUUUCACUUUUAUAUGACAGUAAUAUAUUCCCCAAUUGUAUUCGAAGAGAAGAAGAGGAUGAUAAGGAUAUUUUUCAAACACGCUUAAGAUUUUUAAGCACAGAAUGUGACCACACCUUAUCAACUAUUGAAAUAAAUUACUUCCUUCAAAAUAUUUUAAAAAUAAAAGAAAAACCAGAUCUGGUUGUUGGUAAUACCCAUCACGUCUUUGCAUUUAAUAAAAAUGUCGACGUUAAAUUCAAAAAAUUAAUUAACAAAUAUUUAAAGAGGAUAAAAAUAUUCUGGUCGUUUUGUUUUUUUAAAAAUUUGGAAUAUUGUUUGCGACAAGCAAAGGAAUUUAGCGAGUCAUAA